GGAUUCAUCCUCAUCCUGUUCUCUCUCUCAAAUCUUGUCUAUAUCUACUUCUCUCUGUUUCCUUCUUUUCUCUUCUUCUCCACGCUCUCGAUGAUUCGGUUUGUUAUCGCGCGCUCCGAUUCGUUGCUUAGCUUCUAGCAGGAGAGAUUCGGGCUUCUCCUGUAAACAACCGCCUUUGCGACUCCUUCCUUUUUCGGUUCUCUGUCUGUUUUUCCUUUUCGGCGCAGUCCAGACAGCCCGCGUUUGGAUCGCUGGCAGUCUGGUGGUUUCUGGUGACAGUUUUGGCUCCGAGAAGUGAGCUUUGCGUGAUCGAGCAUUUGGUACAAACUGUCGGUGAGGCGGAGUUACUAGUUUGCACCUUCGAGAGUCUGGUAGACUCUCUCGUGUCUCUUUUCAAUGCUAAAGGUUGUUGGGGAGUGGAUAAUUGCGUGAAAUCCUGAGGUUUUCGGUGCUUUUUCUUGAGUGACCGUGCAAUCCUGCUUUCAGAAGGCGUGAGGUGUGGUGAAGGUAACGCUGCAAGCAGACUUUUGAACAUGGGAACCUUGCAAGGACCUGUUAUUUAUCAUGCUGUCCAUGCAAAACAGGAGCGGGGCACUAUGUGCUUAGUAAGAAAAUCUCUUCUAAAGACGAAUGUGAUGAGAAGUGGGAGCUCCCGCUCCAUGGGCAGCUGUAGAGGUUAUAUAAAAGUUGGGGAUCUGCUGAGACCAGCAGUUGUAGGAAAACACCGGACAAUUAAGUGCAGUUUCAGUUCAUCAUCAGAUGGUAGUGGGAGUAUGGCAGAAAACUUCAAUGAGAAUGAUGAGGAAUAUGUUAACUCCAGCGUUGUUGAAGCUGUUGAAGUAAGAAGUGGGGCAGAGGGUUUUCUAAUUAAAAUGCGAGAUGGUCGGUACGUUAGGUGUGAGCAUAACAACCCCCAUGGUGGACCUUUGCCAGAUUAUGCUCCACAUCCUGCAAUUGUGCUCAGGAUGGAGGAUGGAAGUGGUCUUCUUCUUCCAAUCAUUGUCAUGGAGAUGCCAAGUGUGCUGUUGAUGGCUGCAGUUCGAAAUGUUCAAAUUGCACGGCCAACCCUUUAUCAAAUACUAAAGGAAAUGAUUUCAAAAAUGGGUUAUGAGGUAAAAUUAGUGCGAGUUACAAAGAGAGUGCAUGAGGCUUAUUUUGCUCAGUUGUAUCUUGAGAAGGUUGGUGAUAUUACAGAAAGGUUCUGCUUUGAUCUCCGUCCAUCAGAUGCCAUUAAUAUUGCAGUGAGAUGUCAGGUGCCUAUACAAGUAAACAAACAAUUGGCAUAUAGUGACGGGAUGCGAAUAGUUGAGCCAAAGAAAGUUGCUAUUGACACCCCUCUUUCCGAUGGUCUGCUGUUCACGGAACUUGAUAGGCCGGAUGGUCAGCCUUGUAUUGAAAGCACAGAAUUUGAGUUGGUCCGUAAUAUGAUAAUUGCCGCUGGUGAAGAGCGUUAUGGAGAUGCAGCUCAAUGGAGAGACAAGCUCACCCAGCUGCGGUCCAAGAGGAGGAAUCGGGCGUCGUAGGCUAACUGGCAUUCUGCAAUUUAUGACGCUUCACGACUGACGUCCUUUCUGACGCCAUCCGCUGUAUGCUGCAGGGUCAUGGAUGCCCACACUGUACAUAACGAGGCGGUCCCAUGCAGACAGUUUCAGCCUUCUUCUUCCUUUUCAUGUAUAUCUCUCCCUACUAUAAACGUUGUGUAUAGUGGUGUAAAUGCACAGUAACUCUUUUACCAAGUUGGUGAUGUGCACGUAUUCUGCA